UCCGCUCCAACGCGAUGCACCCAUUCACAGGGAAAAAGAGAAACAAUGCACACCCGGAGAGAGAGAGAGGGAGAAAGAAAGUGCUGCGGACUGAGAGCGAGGAGUAGUGCGUUUACAAUGCGUGAAUAGAGUCAACCAAACGCAGGAACUGAAUUUCGGAGGGUGGUGCGGGCACACUGUGCGAGAACCAAACCGAGGAGAUAACCGACAGUGAAGCCUACCUACGCAGCUCAAAAUACGACGUGCUAUGGGGGACCUACGCGAGAUGGACUGCCCGGUGGUGAAGCGGUUAUUAAAGGACGACAGUGCCAAGUGCCUGCUGCUGGACUGCCGCUCUUUCCUCGCCUUCAACGCGGGACACAUCCGCGGAGCCGUCAACGCCCGCUGUAACACUAUCGUCCGCCGCAGGGCCAAGGGCUCCGUGCUCAGCCUGGACCAGAUACUGGCCGGGGACGAGGAGGUCCGUGAACGCCUCCGCUCCGGGAUGUACUCCGCCGUGGUGCUGUACGACGAGAGGACGUCGGACUCGGAGACGGUGAAGGAGGACAGCACGCUGACUCUGGUGCUCAACGCGGUGUGCAGCGACUCCUCCGGAACACUCAUAUACCUGCUGAAAGGUGGAUACGACAAGUUUUUCUCAGAGUACCCGGAGUUUUGUAUAAAGACCAAAUCCUUACCGCCCCUCACCAGCCAGUCCAGCGUCGACUCUUCCUGCUCGUCUUGUGGGACGCCGCACCACGACCAGGGCGGCCCGGUGGAGAUCCUCCCGUUCCUCUACCUCGGCAGCGCCCUCCACGCCUCAAAGAAAGAGGUUUUGGACGCCACAGGAAUCUCCGCCCUGCUGAACGUGUCCGCCGACUGUCCCAACCACUUCGAGGGGGCGUACCAGUACAAAUGUAUUCCUGUGGAAGACAACCAUAAAGAGGACAUCAGCUGCUGGUUCCUGGAGGCUAUUGAGUUCAUAGAUUCGGUACGGGACUCCAGUGGGCGGGUGCUGGUCCAUUGUCAGGCGGGCAUCUCCCGCUCCGCCACCAUCUGCUUAGCCUACCUGAUGAAGAGAAAGGGGGUGCGUCUGGACGAAGCCUUUGAGUUUGUGCGGCGGCGGCGCAGCAUCAUCUCUCCAAACUUCAGCUUCAUGGGCCAGCUGCUGCAGUUCGAGUCGCAGCUCCUCGCCACCUCGUGUGCUGUCGAGGCUGCUGCCACGGCCAGCCCGCUGCUCGGACCCAAGUCCUCCACGGUCACCACGGUGACGUCGGCCACGCCCACCUCUCCGUUCAUUUUUAACUUCCCUGUUUCCGUGGUGAACCCCGCCUACCUGCACCACGGCCCACUCACAACGUCCCCCGGAUGCUGAUGGUUAGCCAAUCGCAGCCGUUACCCAAUUAACUGACUCACAGACUGGGCUGCCAUUGGCUGGAAGAUCUGUCAGUCUUACUGACCGGUAUGUACAUGCUUCCAGGACAGGGAGGUGAGAAGCGUCACGGUGCCUGAUUCAAAACUCGAAGACUGAAAAAAUCUUUUUACAGAAACCAGCCAACGCUCCUUCCAUUUUAACACAAGGUUUCUUCAAAUAGACCAAAAAUGAACUGUCUUUCAAAUCUAAAGUGUCAGACUGACGUUAACAAAAGAUACACACUUUGAAACUCAACAACAUGCACUGACACAGAGGCAUGAGCAGCAGCAAACACUCUCUCGCUCUGCCUCGCACACACACACACACACACACAUUCAUGACUACCAACUGAAUAAGCUCAGUAUGAAGACAGGGUCGGUUGCUAUGGAGAGGACAGGUCUUUAGGAGAGGAGAUGGACACAGGAAGGAAGGAGGGAUUUGAAGCACCCGCUCUUUCCCCUUUGGGUGUCCCUCCUGUUGGCAGAUGGAUGGAAAAGAGAGGCGAGGAGACGGUGAUAGAAAGCAGGAGCCUCUUCUGUGACAGGUGCUCCGACCGGGGCUUCCUGUCUUUCAUACGUCCUCUUCCUCUCUCUGCCCCCCCCCCCCCUACACCUUCCUCUCCCCUCUCAUCUCCCCUUUUCAUCCUUUUAUAUUCCUUCCCUCCUCUCAUCUCUGUCUCUCAUCUUCACCCUGUCCGCCCCCUCUCCUCUGCUCCUCAUCUCCUCACUGAAGAGGCUAAAUAAAUCAAAUAAGAUGCCAAAUGAAGGCCAGGGCCCUGGUAAAUGGACUGGGAAACCCCACUGAAGGGAACAGCUACUGCUACAUUACUAAAACGUUGUUUUUUCGACGAAAGCACUGCAAGAGAAGCUGUAGGAGAAGGACAACUGCUAAAAAGCUUUUUUAGAUCAGAGGGCAGAAUUUGAAGCACAGUGGUUCUGCAAGACGACCACGUAAAGGACCAUUCAGCUGGUUAUGUAUGAUUUAACAUCAAUAUUAUUUUUCUUCGCUAUGAACCAUUUCCAAAGAAAUACAUUUUAAGGUUAUUUUCUGCGAACACUAGCUCCAGUAGGAUGCUUUGGAAAAUGAUAUUCUUUUUGGUUAUUGGCUGAAAUGUGCAUCACCCCCGAAUGGUCCUUUACAGAUGUUUGUGCCUUGUUCACAAAGGUUUCCUAAAGAUGUUGGCGUGCUGCUAGAAAGCCGAUUGCUGAAUGUUGGUCAAACAUAACAGACGUCAGCAUUUCAGCGGUGCAGUACAGACUCUUAUUCCACAAUGUCUGAAGCUUCUCUCUUCAUCUCUCACACUCACAGAUGGAUACAAACAUAAUGUAUUUGAGUAAUUCAAUAUUUGAUAUUAUAAUUCAACAUUUGGAAAGGCCAUUUUUCAGCCUGCCAUAAAAAAGAAUUAAAGUAGUGUUUUCCAAAGCUACAAAACAAACUUCCUUAACCAUUAAUAGACACCUUAACAUAAACCGAAAAUAAUGAGAAUUUGAACAUGAUGUCUAGAGAAAAAAAAUACAUUUGUCAUGUGUGCUUCUACAUCUUUUAUAUGAGAAAAUGUGCAAAGAGGCAACAUUUGUUCCUAUCGGCCAUAUUUUCAAAGACAAUGCUGAGCAAACAUCAGGGACCCUAUCCACUAGAGACUGAUUGAUUUCCCCUUUUAAAUCCAUACUGAAAAAUGAAGCGUGAUGAAGUAAUAAAGAGAUGAUAGCUUUCGGUUUUUACGAAACGUUUUAUAAUCCAAUACAAGUUAUUAUUUAGUUAUUUAGAUUCUCUGUUUUUGAAGAUUGUCCACACAUCUCCACUUUCUGGGCGUCAAAGCCAAACAUCACGCCAUUUUCAUAAUGUCACACUUUUAGACGUUGUUUGUAUUGCUUCUGCUUUUGACCAGGCUAAGCUUUACACUCUGUGCUAGAAAUCCAAAGGCACAGAACCAUCAUGGUUACACACACACACACACACACACACACAGGGUUUCAAAUAAAAUCUGUUUUUGAAGAUUGUCGGCACCUAUCUCUGUAGCACUUUGAAGUGAUGCAAUACUGUAUUUAUAAUUUAUGAUUGAUUUGCACAUCAUGGUGAUGGUAAACUGAAUAGACUUUGCAUUUGAUCCAUGUAGGGAGGGAGACAGAGAGAGAUGAGAGAGCCAAUCAGUGGGAAACGCAAUACUUUGUACACAUCUGUGUGGUAAUCGUCUAUUUGUCUGUCUGUCAGCCUGUCUGCCUCUCUGCGUCACUCCGUCUCUCUGUCUGGUCAAUGAUGUUUACCCAUCAUGGCAAUAUCAAUCCUCCACUUGGACAUUUAUAUUUAAAAAAAAAAAAUACAACUUUCCCUCAAUUUUAUUGUGGAAUGAAUUAUCUGUACAUUUAUUUAUUACUGAAGAUCCACUGUUGAAUAAAAAAUGUUCUUAAGUAA